AUGACUACCAUCACGUUAACCAAAGACUCCCACAAACAUCCAGAAAAUUAUAGAAUCAAGUUGCAAGAUUCUACUGGUGUUUUGGGUGAAGAUCCUAAAGCUUUGAAGAAGAUUGACAACAAGUUGCCAACGAUAAAAACUUCUUCAAAUGUGGCGGUAAUUGGUGCUGGAUUCGGUGGAAUGGCCACUGCUAUUAAGACGAUGAAAGAACUCAAGGAGAACGAUGUUCGCAUCUUUGAAAGACAUGAUAACUUUGGUGGUACUUGGUAUGCAAACACGUAUCCUGGUUGUGCUUCUGAUAUACCAGCGGUUUGGUAUUCCUUUUCGUUUGCUUUGACUUCCAACUGGACUCGUGUGCAACCACCACAAUAUGAAAUGGAGGAGUACAUCUUGAGAGUUGCUAAAGAAUACAAGUUGAAAGAGAAAAUUAGGUUCAACACAUCGGUUGAUGAGUGUUUGUUUGAUGAAGAUACUGGAUACUGGACUUUGUACGCCCACGAUAAAAACACUGGUCAAAAGCUUGAACAUAAGGCCAAAAUUCUCGUGUCUUGUACUGGUGUCUUGGUUCAUCCCAUGCAUUUGAAAGAGCCCGGUUUGGAGAAUUUCAAAGGAAAAUACAUCCAUUCAGCACUUUGGGAUCAUUCUGUUGAUUUUAAAGGAAAGAACGUUGUGGUUUUCGGUAAUGGUUGUUCAGCCAAUCAAGUUGUUCCAGCUUUGUUGAAAGACUACCAGCCCGCUUCACUCACUCAGAUUGUUAGAUCUAAGCACUAUGUUAUGCCUCCAGUCCCAAAAAUUCUUGUGAUGAUUUACGGGUUGCUCAGGUAUACAUUCUUCGGGUUGCAAUUGGUCCGUUGGUUCACUGUAGCUGUUGCUGAGUCUAGGUUUCCUUUGUUUAGAGGUGAGGGACCAAUCUCAAGAUUAGUCCGUUGGGCUAACAGAAGAAUGUCGGUGAACUAUAUGAAGAAAGCGCCAAAGAAGUAUUGGGACAUGCUUAUUCCAGAUUACAAGGUUGGCUGCAAAAGAUUGAUUUUUGAUUAUGGAUACAUCCCAGCUUUGCAUGACCCAAGGCUCAAGCUUACCAACGAACGCGUUGAUAAAGUUGUUGCUGAUGGUAUUUACUUGAAGGAUGGAAGUUUCAUCAAAGCGGACAUUAUUGUUGCAUGCACUGGAUACGAUGUCCCCAAGUCAUUUACUUUACCAGUCAAGACCAGCAAGGGAGCCUCUUUGAAAACAAUUUGGGAUGAGGAAGGCGUUGGAGCGUACCGCACCUCUUUGGUCAAGAACAUUCCAAACUAUUUUAUUGUCGGUGGGCCAAAUAUCGGUACUGGCCACGCAUCUGUUGUCAUGUCAAUCGAGCACGGUGUUGAUUACUAUAUGAAAAUUGCAAAGCCAAUCUUGCAAGGCAAAGAAAAGUCAGUUGUUGUUAAGCCUGAAGCGUAUGACAGUUGGUUCAAAUUGAUCCAACUGAAAUUGCGUGAGAGUGUAUUUGGAACAGCAUUUGGUGGAUGUACCUCAUGGUAUGCUGACCAGAAGAUCAAUUUCACAGUUUACCCAUUCAGUCAAAUUCAUUUCUGGUACAUUACCCAUUUCCCAAACUACAGGGAUUUGGUGUAUAACCAUUAUGACAAGAAAAAUGUUUAG